CGCUCCACAGCUUUGCGCUCUUGUCGAUGCCACUCUACGCAUACUCUUGUUCGUGCCAUGGUCUAGACACUGCAUACUUGCACCGGCCGCUCUCUUUUCUUCUUGACUUUUCUUUCUUUGCCUGCAGGCAAUCAGGCUCUGCGUGCACCCAAUGUGCAAAAUGACAUCAUGCGAGGCCCUGCGCGGGCUGAAGACACUUUCGCGAUGCGCUGGUCCGAUGCCGAGACGGGUUGUGGUCGGACGACAAGUUGUAGGAGGUAGUGGUAGGGUUGGUGGUGGUGGAACAAGUAGGGCGAUAUGUACACAGUGCUCGAGGGGUGCACGAGUGAGGAACAUGACGGCAGGAUCGCUGCUUGUACCGGCGGGCCGGCGAUGGUAUGCGCAGGCGGCAGCGGCAGCGGCACGAGAGUUUUCGCCCGAAGACGUGGAGAGGCACCACGGCCCCAUGGCAGAGUACGAUGCGCGCGUCGAGUGCGGCCGGUUGCGAGACGAUGAACACCAGCGAAACAUUAUCAGAAACCUGCAAGACCUCCACGACAUGUUGACAACCUACACCCAGCCCCCGGUUCAGCAACCGACCGUUGAUUCUCUCCAGCCACCCAAGAAGGGAGGGUUAUUUUCUUUCCUCUCCAUGUCCAAGCCCGCCGGAUCGUCGCUGCCGCCAAUUCCCGACUCGCUGCCCAAGGGCAUUUACAUGUUUGGGGAUGUAGGCAGCGGAAAGACAAUGAUGAUGGAUCUGUUCUACGACACACUGCCGCCCAACAUUACUAGGAAGACGAGGAUCCAUUUUCAUGACUUUAUGCAGAGCGUGCACCGCGACCUGCACAAGAUGAAGAUGACGCACGGCAAUGACAUUGAUGGGAUACCGUUUGUGGCAGCUGGGAUAGCCGAGCGGUCGUCGGUGCUUUGCUUUGAUGAGUUUCAAUGUACAGACGUUGCCGAUGCCAUGAUUCUCCGACGGCUGAUGGAAGGCUUAAUGGCACAUGGCACUGUGAUUGUGACUACGUCUAACAGACACCCGGACGACUUGUACAAGAACGGAAUCCAACGCGAGUCAUUCAUCCCAUGUAUCAAUCUCCUCAAAAGCCGGCUUACCGUGCUGAAUCUUGACUCGACCACGGAUUACCGCAAGAUUCCGCGUCCGCCGUCCGGAGUAUAUCAUCAUCCCUUGGACGCAUCUGCGCAAACCCAUGUGGAGCGGUGGUUCCGAUUUCUCGGCGAUUUUGAAAAUGAUCCGCCACAUCCUGCUGUGCAUGAGGUUUGGGGCCGGGAGAUUCAUGUGCCCAAAGCCAGUGGCAAGUGCGCCGUGUUUAGCUUUGACGACAUCAUUGGGCGUGCUACGGGCGCAGCUGACUACCUUGAGCUCACUCGGCAGUAUGAAGCGUUUAUUGUUACGGGGGUGCCAGGCAUGAACUACCGGAGUCGAGAUUUGGCUAGAAGGUUCAUCACAUUUAUCGAUGCAGUGUACGAGUCGAGGGCCAAGUUGGUGAUGACGACGGCGGUGCCUCUGACAGCCCUUUUCCUGGAUGAAGCCGAGCUCAGUGAUGCGGUAGCAGCAUCGAAGAAGGCGGGAAAGCUGCCUGGAUCUUCGUCUUCACCGUCAUCGCAAAAGGCAUCCGCAGGUGAUAAGGAGGACGAAGAAGCCAUCUCGGAUGUAAUGCGCAAUCUCAUGGACGACCUGGGCAUGAACAUGGACAUGCUCAAGAACUCGUCCAUUUUCAGCGGGGACGAGGAGAAGUUUGCAUUUGCUCGGGCUCUGUCUAGGUUAAGCGAGAUGGGCAGUCAGGAGUGGGUAGACAGAGGGCUGGGGCUGGAGAAGAGGGGCGGCAAGGGAGAGAUGGAGGGAUGGCAGAAGGUGAGGUCGAGGUGGAGGGAAGACAGCAUGUAGAACAGAAGUCGAACGAUGUCGUAUUGCAAGCGGUUG